CGGUGCGUCUCGGUCCGCCCGCAGCAGUCUCCUUCCCCGGCGAGCUUUCACUACAGAGAUGGCUGCGAAAGUGUGCAGAUCGGUGCUGCUGUUGUCCCGGAGCAGCGGAGCGGUGGCCGGCAGCCUCCCCGCACUAGUUGCCUCUUCGCAGCGGCACCACCAGCACAUAAGACCGGAGCUGCUGUCUGCACCGUUCAGCCGUCAGACUGUGAGGAGAGCACACAGCCUCCGGCCUGCAGCCCCCUCCACACUCUUCACCCAGCCCCCCCCUGCCCUGUCUCCACAGGUCUGGAGGAGCGCCCCCUCUUGGCACGGCCAGAGACUCUUGUGUUCCUCCACUGCCCCCCAGGAGGUGACAGUGGUGUAUCAGAACGGGCUGCCGGUGAUCUCGGUCCGUUUGCCGUCCCGGCGAGAGCGCUGCCAGUUCACCCUCAAGCCUCUCAGUGACUGCGUGGGAGUUUUCCUGCAACAGCUGCAGGCGGAGGACCGAGGCAUCGACCGGGUAGCCAUCUACUCCACGGAUGGAGCGAGGGUCGCCUCGUCAACGGGCAUCGACAUCCUGCUGCUGGAUGAUUUCAAGCUCGUCAUCAAUGACACCACACACCUCGUGCAGCCCCCGAGGAGAGACCUGCUGCCCCACGAGGAGGCCGAAAGGCUCAACGACGUCAAGUUCCUGGUGCAGCAGCUCUACACCACCCUGCGCAUCGAGGAGCACCAACUCGGCAAGGAACGUGAGCUGAUUGGACGAUUGGAGGACCUCAACUCUCAACUCCGCCCCUUGGAAAAGGUGAAGGAGGAACUUAAUAGGAAGGCAGAGCGGCGUACCACCUGGGUGCUGUGGGGCGGCAUGGCGUACAUGGCCACCCAGUUCGGCAUCCUGGCCAGGCUCACCUGGUGGGAGUACUCCUGGGACAUCAUGGAGCCCGUCACCUACUUUAUCACUUAUGGCACGGCCAUGGCCAUGUACGCCUACUUUGUUCUAACACGCCAGGAGUACGUUUACCCCGACGCCAGAGACCGACAGUACCUGCUGUUCUUCCACAAGGGUGCGAAGAGGACACGCUUCGACAUCGACAAGUACAACCAGCUGAAGGGUGAUAUCGCUGAGGUGGAGUUGGAUCUGAAGCGUCUUCGGGACCCGCUCCAGCUCCAGCUCCCAGUUCAGCAGCUCGGCGCCAGUAAAAAUUGAUGGGAGGAGCGACUUCCUCCACUCUCUACUCCUGCAACCAUUUUUCCCUCCUCUGUGCAACACCCCUUCCACCCCUGUUUGCCCCCAACUCUUUGCUAAGACUCCUCCCUCCCCCAUUGCGCCCACACCAAAUAAACCCAUCCCUUUUUUGGACUGUGGGAGUUAGUUUUCCCUCCUCUUUCUUUCCCUUUUUUUUUCUUUUUACUUUCCUGACUGAAAACUCCAGUUGGAAUUGCAAUUGAAAACCGCUAAAAGACAAAUGUAAAGAUGGGGAGAGUACCGGGAACUGAAAAACUUUUACAGCCCAAGGAUGGUGAGUAUGAUGAAAAGGACAAUGAUGACGAA